AUGGAGAAAGAAGACAUGGAUCUACUCUCCAAGGACAGCAAUUCCUCUUCCUCAGAGGACUCGCCUGUGGAUUCCAGCAGCUCUGAGGAAGAUAAUGGACAUAAGGAGGACGGACAGGAUCAGGGUGCUCUCUGGGGAGGCACCAGCCAGCCUUUGGUGACAGAGCUCUGGCCACAGUUUAAGCCUGGGAAGACUCUUCGUUUUCUCCAACUUUUUGAGCCCCAGAAGAAACCAUCUAUGUGGGAGAAAGUCAGAAAGAGAAUGAAAAAGAAGAAAGAUCAGAGGAGACAAUGUCCCUCGGAACCUAACAAGGGGGGUCCCCAGCUGGGAAGACCACCAGAGCCGGAGGAGUGCCUGACAGAUGAUGAGAUAAAAAUGAUGGCUCCAGUGCCCCCACAGACUGCCUCUGAACCUGGCACAGAGUGCUCCCAGAACCCUCACACAGAGGAGGUGGCCCCUUGGCGCUAUGGCCCUGCCAAGCUUUGGUACGACAUGCUGGACAUCCCUCCCCAUGGGAGAGGUUUCGAUUAUGGAUUUAAACUGAAAGAAAAGUCACAAGAGGAGGAGGAGCAGGCAACCCAAACCAACAACCCCCUGCUGGAGGAUGAAAACUUCCUGAUGGUCACUCAGAAAUCCUGGGAAGAUGACAUUAUCUGGGAUAACAGAGAUUUCCAAGAGCCCUGCUCAAAUGACCAGAAAGCAGCUCUUGCAGGGUGGAUUCCCUCUGAAAAGAACAGAUUGCUCAAAACAGGUCAGAAAAAACUGGGAUAAUCAUAGAAAUGAGCCAGGGGGAGUUGAAAUGGGUUUGGAUUGUGGUUCUAGGGAUGGGGGUAUGUAUAAAAAUGGGGAAAAUCCUGACAUUGAGAUGGAGCUGGAGAUGAGAGUGGGGUAGGCAAGGGCAGAGCCAAGGUGUUGGAGAGGACACAUGUUUCUUUCUGACCUUUGCUCAUGACCCUCAGACUAAUGACCAAAUCCAGCCAAUGAAUUAGUUCUGGACUGGUAGAAUCCACGAACAUUAGGAGUGUAACAAACUACCACCAGAAGAUAAUUUUGAAGAUAGCCAGAAAAGGUCUGUUUCAAUCAAACACGGAGGCAGGAGGGCCAAGCUCAGGCAGGCCGAGCACAGACCCAGGCUCUGGGGGCUCUAUGUCAGAGAAUCUGCAGGGAGGAAUCUAUGGCAGCAGUGUUGGCUGCAAGUCAGUGGAUCAGCAGAGAAGUUCUAAAACACCUGACACAAACGCAGAGGGUAAAGACUCCCCCGAAAUGGGGAGUCUCACAGGACCUGGCCAC